UCAGUGCCUACAGCGGGGAUUCUCGCGACCUCUCUAUCUGGUAGUCACAAAUGGAAGCGGAAACCCAGAAACAAUGUGAGUCUCGCGCAGGAAAGCUGGAGUGCAGAAGAGUUCAGAAGUGGGCGGUGUGUGUGUUUAAAAAAAAAAAAAGGGUGGAAACUCCACCAGCCAAGUUGUAGAAAAAAAUAAGAGCGGUGCAGGGCAGUGUGCCUAUCUCGGGGCGGGAGCCGCUCCCCUGUGGCUCAGCCUGGCUGGGGACUGUGACCUAGGUGCCGCUUCCUCUGCCUUCGGGGUCAGGAGUCCCGCGCGCCCCCGCCACCGCCGUGUCCCGCGCAGGUCCCCUCCGCCGGCGGCGCCAGGACCCGUCGGCCAUGAGCAGCCUCAACAACACGUCGCCGUCCCCGCACCCCGAUUCUGGCCUGAGGAUGUCUGACAAGUGAUGGACAUUGCCAUUAUUGCAGCUGUGAUCACCGCUGUGGCCUUAGUCCUAGUCUGCCUCCUCUUCGUCAUGCUUCGCUACCUGUACCGGCACAAGGGCACAUACCACACCAAUGAGGCCAAGGGCACAGAGUUUGCUGAGAGUGCAGACAUGGCUCUGCAGAGCGACCCUGCCCUCCAAGAUGCCGGUGACAACAGCAGGAAGGAGUACUUUAUCUGAAGGACAGCAGACCUCACCUCCCCAAAAGCUUCCUCCAACUGCAGGAGAGGAAAUGCCCACCAUCUACCACCAUUACUGGCACUGGUUCUUCCCAAGAUUUGCACCAUAGAACACUGGGUGCCUGCGAGGGAGGAGAGGAGGAAGACUCCAGCAGUGAGAGGCCUUUUCCAGGGACCCAGGGACACAGCAGCCACCCCCAGAGACUGGCCUUAGCUGUGCCAAGAGGAGAGAAAAUCUGUACACACAGGUCUCCCUGGACAUGGCAGGUAUCAUCUCACCAGCCUGAAAGCCUUUCAGGGUGUAAGUGGGGUGGGUGGCCUGGGACUGGGGAUGCAAGAAAAGGACACAUCCAUAUGCUGACUGGGGAUAAUGGCAUCAAAUGUCAGCCCUUGACAUUUGGGGGGAACAGCAGGUGCCAGAGCUAAAAGGUACCUUUGUCUGCCAUUGAUCCAGCUCAAAAUGAUUAGAAAUAAAUCUGAAAUGUAAUGGAGCAAUCUGUGUGAAAUGGCACCACUGUGACUGGGGAACAAUAAACCCAGCCAGUGUGGGCCUUUCCCCAGUACGAUUUUGUGUCCUCUGGCAGAGUCUGUGUGCAUGAACUGUCUGUCCAUUUCUGGAGGGAGUGUGUUUGUGUGUGUGAGUGUGUGUGUGUCAGAUCCUUCCCCCAAACAGGCACCCAACUGCAUGAAACAAAUAUAAGAAUGAAAUGCCCCUCUGGAAACAGAUUGUCCCAGUGGUCAGGGCACUGGCUGAUGACUGAAGUGUUGGUUUUUCUGGUAUUAAAAAUUAAAAAACAGACCUGUUCAACAAUUAUGAGUGAACAUUGUCACCAGAUAGUCCCAGUGAUAAUGACACCCAUAAAAACAUAGACUACAGAGCCCUGUUCCCUGUGUUUGAGUCCCAGCUCUCCUUUCCUGGUCUUAGGAGUUUGGGCCACUUAUUUGACCCUUCUAGCCUCAAUGUUCUCAUCCUUCAAGUGGAAAUGAUGUUAAUAAUGGUAUCUACCUCAUAGCAUUGAGGGCAGGAGUGAAAGUCAAGUACCCAUGCUCACUAGCCCAAUCACGAACUCACUGGGUAGACAGUGUGUGUGUGGAGGUUAAUGAAAACUCCUCAUUGCCUCAUUCCUAAACACCUUCCAAUGAGUAACAGAGAAAACGAACUCAUUCACCACCCCCUUCCAGGUGAGCCUUUGUAAGAUUCCCAGCAGCUCUGAGUUUAAAAAUUGCACACUGGGGUGCCAGGGUUGCCUCAGGAGCCCCCUCAGCAGCACCUAGUAGUCAGCAAAAAGCUGUCCCCUCACACUUCCUGGGAGAAUAAUGGAGAUCCAAGCUCAACUAGGAAUGGAGGAAAAGGAAAAGCAGAGUGAGCUUGUGGGAGCUGAGGAAAGUCAGAGGUUAGUCACAUGCAAGACCUGUCCCUGGGUGACUGCAGUUUACUGUCCAUCUUCUCAUCUAUAAAAUAAAAUGCUUAACUUCAAUAGUCAUCCAUUAUGUGAGGGGGAUGUCUGAAACCAAAACCCCCAGUGGAUGUCUGAAACCAAAGAAAAUACCAAUCCCAUAUAUGCUGUCUUUGUCUAUAUAUACAUACCUGUGAUCAUGUUUAAUUUAUAAAUUAGGAAUGGUAGAUUAACAGUAACUAAUAGCAAAAUAGUACAAUUAUAACUAUAAACUGUAAUAAAAGUUAAUUAAAUUAUGAAUUGUUCAUUUCUGGAAUUUCCUCUUUAAUAUUCUUGGAUGACAGUUGACCCUGGGUAUCUGAAACUUCAGAGAGCAAAACUGUGGAUGGGGGAGGGGAGAGAGGCUACUGUAUAUGCCUGCUUCCCACACUGCUCUACAGAAUAUCAGCCUGGCAAAAUAAUUAUGGAACAGUA